AUGUCGUCCAACCGGUACACCCCGGAGAGCUCAGCCGCCGUGCGAAGCGAGACCCCCGGCCGACCGGCGCCGCCAGGUCCCUACUACGCUUUUAAAGGUGAGCCACGCAAGUUUGAUCCAUCCUUCAGAGGCCCAGUCCGCACAAGGAGCUGCACAGAUGUUUUGUGUUGUUUGAUCUUCAUCAUUGUCAUCUUCUCUUAUAUUGUUUUGGGGAUCGUUGCCUGGUUACAUGGGGACCCUAGGAAGGUGCUCCACCCCACAGAUAGCUAUGGGCAGUUCUGUGGCCAGAAGGGGGCGUCCAAUGCGAAAAAACCAAUCCUGUUCUAUUUCAACAUCCUGAAAUGUGCCAACCCUGCCGUACUGAUCAACCUACAGUGCCCAACUACUCAGAUGUGUGUGUCCAAGUGUCCUGACCGGUUUGUCACCUACACUGAGAUGCAGCUGCAGCACAAACUCAGCAAGAGUCACUGGGAAUAUUACAGACAGUUCUGUAAACCUGGCUUCGAUAAUCCAAAUAAGCCAGUCUCUCAGGUUCUUAGAGAUGAGGAUUGUCCUUCCAUGAUCGUACCUAGCAGACCAUUCCUGCAGAGGUGUCUACCAGACUUCAUCACUUUGAAUGGCACUCUAAUGGUGGCCAACAGGACGAGGUUUAAAGACGCACUGGACACUGCACGCAGUGUCACUGAACUCAAAGACGCUGCCAAAAGCAUAACGGGGCUGGUGGACACCAAGGACCUGGGCCUAAAGAUAGUGGAGGAUUAUGCAAAAUCAUGGACAUGGAUACUUGUAGGUCUGCUGAUUUCCCUGGUGGUCAGUUUACUCUUCAUCAUGCUGCUGAGGUUCACCGCUGGGUUAUUACUGUGGCUCACCAUCAUCGCCGUUAUACUGCUGCUGGCAUACGGGAUAUGGUACUGCUCCAUUGAACUGUCCCAGCUCAGAGAGAGGCCGGGCUCUGAUGUUGCCAUUGUGGACGUAGGCCUACAUACUGACAUACAAAUCUAUCUACAGCUAAGGCAGACGUGGAUUAUUUUCUUGGUGUCUCUAGGAAUAACAGAAGCUUCAGUCUUGUUGAUGCUGGUCUUCUUAAGGAGAAGGGUUCGUGUGGCCAUCGCCCUGCUCAGGGAAGCCAGCAAAGCGAUUGGCUACAUCAUGUCUGCUCUCUUCUAUCCCAUCAUCACCUUCUUCCUGCUGGCUGUCUGCAUCUCCUAUUGGGCAGUUACUGCUGUUUUCCUAGCCUCGUCAGGUGAGGCUGUCUACAAAGUGAUGUCUCCUGAAGCCAACUGCCCUUAUGCUAACAGCACCUGCGAUCCAGAGACUUUUAACAAGUCCAACAUCUCCAAAGAAGCAUCCUGCGUGGGCUCUCAGUGCACGUUUGCCUUCUACGGCGGUGAGAGCACCUACCACCGCUACAUCUUCCUCCUGCAGCUGUCUAACCUGCUGGUGUUCCUGUGGCUGGUGAACUUUAGCCUGGCCCUGGAGCAGUGUGCACUGGCCGGGGCAUUUGCCAGCUACUACUGGGCCAAAAGAAAGCCGGAGGACAUACCGCCCUGUCCGCUGCUUUCAUCAGUCGGUAGAGCGAUAAGGUACCACACUGGGUCAUUGGCAUUCGGAGCGCUAAUUCUGUCAGUGGUCCAGCUGACUCGAAUAGUACUUGAAUACCUGGACCAAAAACUAAGAGGAGCAAACAACAUAGUCUCCAGGUUUAUACUAUGUUGUUUGAAAUGCUGUUUCUGGUGUUUGGAGAGGUUCAUACGGUAUAUGAAUCGCAACGCGUACAUCAUGGUGGCGAUCUACGGUAAGAACUUCUGUGUUUCGGCUAGAGAGGCCUUCUGCCUUCUGAUGAGGAAUGUGGUCAGGGUUGCAGUUCUGGACAGAGUCACAGACUUUUUGCUGUUUCUUGGCAAGAUGCUGAUAGCUGGUGGAGUUGGUGUGAUGGCGUUCUUCUUCUUCACAAGGAAGAUCCCAAUUAUCCAGGAAGAAGUACCCACUCUCAACUACUACUGGUUCCCCCUACUGACGGUGGUGGUUGGCUCCUAUCUGAUCGCCCAUGGCUUCUUCAGUGUUUAUGCCAUGUGUGUUGAUACCCUCUUCCUCUGCUUUUGCGAAGACUUGGAGAGGAAUGAUGGUAGUGCAGAAAAGCCUUUUCUCAUGUCUCCAGAGCUGCACAGAAUAUUAGGGAAAUCCCAGCAGUCACGGUGA